UUGUAAAUUAAAAUUUUAAAACAAAAAAUGAAAUACAUUAUCAUUAUUUUGGCUGCUGUCGCUUCUUUUGUCCCUACCUUCGCUAUUACCUACAAUCGUUGUUCUUUGGCUAAAGCUAUGUACAAUUUAGGUAUUCCAAAGGAUCAAUUAAAUCGUUUAACUUGCAUUGCUGAACACGUGUCCUCAUACCGUACCGAUUUAGUAGGUCCCACUAAAUCUGAUGCCUUCAGUGAUUAUGGUAUUUUCCAAAUCAACAACUACUCUUGGUGUCAAUCUUCCGACGGACAUUUUUCCCAAAAUCAAUGUAAUGUAAUCUGUGAUGAUUUGCUCUCGGAUAAUAUUCGUGCUUCUUUGAACUGUGCUCGCAAGAUUUUGAGCCAAGAAGGAUUGUCUGCCUGGUUCUGAUUCCGAAAAUUACACAGUAUUACUUACA